AUGUUAUUUCACAAGCUAGCUAACAAAUUUGAGUGCCAAAUAACAGCUACACAGGUUGAACCAGUAAGAAAAGGAAAAUGUCUUUGUGGUCAAUACAUACGAGCCCGCCUACGAAGAGCUGGCGUUUUAAAUCGUAAAGUCCUACAAAGAAUGCGUAGCUUAUUAGAACCAUCAUCAGAAGUUGUUUAUGAAGUCUUUCCGGCAUUAAAUAGUAUGGGCGAAGAACUUGAACGCAUGCAUCCACGUAUCUAUACAAAUGUUUCACGGCAACUUUCCCGCGCACCCUACGGCGAACUGGUCGACAGUGAUACAGCGCCAAUGUUAAUGAAUCUGGUGGCGAAGCAACUAUUCUCACGUAGCACCGCCGAAAAGGAACGCAUUACAUGGGCCAAAAUAAUUUCUGUGUUUGCGGUGUGUGGCGGCUUUGCCAUCGAUUGUGUACGUCAAGGUCACUACGAUUAUUUGCAGUGUUUGGUCGAUGGUGUGGGAGAAAUUAUCGAAGAUGAUCUAGUCCAUUGGUUGGUGGAACGUGGCGGUUGGAUGGGUCUGCAACAGCACAUAAAACCCAAAGGUUCCCAAACAUUUUCGUUUUUAGAUUGGUUAACACUUUUCGUGGCGAUCUCUUCAAGUUUUUAUGCCGUAGCAAAUUUCCUUAAACAAAUAGGUUGUCAAUUGUAUUCGUUAAUAUUUUGA